AUGCGGUGCCAGCUUAUCGGUUUCGCUGCCCUUGGACUCUCCAACCCAGCCUUGGCCGGUUGGUUUGGGUCGGAUUGGGUCUGCGAGGUGGGCAUAUAUGCGCAAUAUGCUGAUUUGGCAGGGUAUGGCCCAGCUGAACAGUUCUGUGCCGGCCGUUUUCCCGAGCCAGCAGUGACCGUGACCGUAACAGCGUCGUCUGGCCAUGGUCACGGCUGGUUUCCCAAGCGUUCGUGGGGACGACCGAACCCGAUUAACUCGCUGCUGGAGCAGCUCGAGCGGUUGCCAUCACAUGAGCAGGAGACUGCGUGUUCAUGCAUUGAGGUGCCCAAAACUAUCACGGUUACGGUUCAGCCCACGUGGAAGACUAAGACUCCAACGGCUACACCGACGACUGUCUCUACUACCACCGCCAGUACCACAUCGACAACUACAACGGCUUCCCCUACCACCACGGCGACGCUGGCUACAAGCACUACAUCUACCACAACUACAACUAGUACUACCACCACUACUACAUCAACAACAACUACUACUACCACACCUUCUACCACUACUACAACGACUACUACCUCGCCAACCACAACCACCACAACCACCACAACCACGACCACUACCACCACCACAACGACUACCACAGGAUUCACAGCCUGCCCCACCGCCUCUGCCAUCGUCCCCGGCCCCGGCUGCGGCGGCUGCCAAUGGACCGUCUCCUGCGGCCAACAGCUGACAGCGCUCGACUCGAACCCGAACUGGGACAUCCUCAUACAGCCGGACUACGAGUCGUGCCUGCGUGAGUGCGACGACAACGGCUUCUGCACCGCCUUCACCUACAACGCCGGCACAAGCGAGUGCCGCCAGUUCCUGUACUCGAGCGAGGUCGUCGCGUCGCCGGCACCCGGGUGGGACAGCGGCGUCUUCAUCGAGGGGACGUGCGGCAGCACCAGCUGUGGGGCGUACGAGUGUCCGAGCGAUAAUCCGGAGUGUCCGUCGACGUGA